AUGGAGCCAGCCCCACCCCAGAGCACUGUCACCUCCAGUCCACAGAGGAAACAGGAAGCCAGUGGUUUCUCCAAUUUAAAGAAAAACGUACAAUUUAAAAAGGUAGAUGGAGUUUUAAGAUGUCAGGAAAGUGUUUUCAAGCACCGCGGCCUCUGGGUGCACCCCUCCGGAGCCGCGGGCUUGCAGCAAGCGCCGCAACCGGCCGGUGCUGCAGCUCGGACCCAGGAAGCCCCGGCGCCGAGCCCGGUGUGCGGGGACCGGGGUGUGCGGGGACCGGGGCGGAGGCGGAGGCGGAGGCGCGCGCGUCGCGUCGGAGCGGAGAGGGACGGAGGCUGUGCGCGGGCGGCCUUUAGAGGUGCUUCACAGAGGUGGGAGGCGCCGGUCCCUCGGGCGGCCCCGCUGCUCCAGGCUGCCCUCGAAGUCCCCUUGCCUCCACAGCCUCGUUCCGUAGAGAAGUGCGUGCUGGCGAAGACCUCGAGGAGCACUCCCUGGCCCUGGUCAGAGCAUCCGGGCCUGGCGCUCUUGGGAAAAAGUCAUCAUUUGUGGUCCACACUGAAGGAACAGAAAGCCCUGUUUUAUAGUGCCCAGCUUGUGUCCCCCCAGUGGGCCUGGCAAUCUGCUCACCUCACUUCUCACCAAGCCCGAGCCCGGGGAGUGAAGUCCCGUGAGCAAGCUGGCCGGAUGGGCAGGAGGUGGAGGGUGGGUACGUACCCCGUAUGUUCUCUUGCCAGCACAGGCUCAGAUGCGCCUGGGCGACAUGGAACCCCAACUGCUCCCCGUAGCAAGUUGCAUAUGAACCUUGUGUCCAUGUGUGGCUGAUCUCACACCGUGGCCCUCUCCUCGCCUCUGGGACCACAUCCCAGGUGAACCGCUCGGGGCCAAGUCCUGGCUCCAGAAUUCACUUUUGAUGAAACCUAAAGUAAGACCUCUCAUUUUUCAUUUUUAAAACUGAGUUAUGUUGGAGUACAAAACUCGCUUUUAUAGAUGUGUGUUUUUGAUGGUUUACCUUUUGUUUCAA